AUGCUUCAUUUUUCUAAAUAUGGUGGGAAGGUUCUUUCGAAUACAUUAUAUAGAUCAAUUACAUCACAUACAAUAUUAAAUAAUAGGUCUAAUAUUGUAACUAAUAUGCAAUGUAGAGGAAUAACUACAAAAGAUAUUUUUAAUUCUGAAUCUUUACAGAAUUUCAAAAUUCCUGAAGCUCCGCAACCACCUCUACCAGAUUCUUCAAUUGCGGAAUUAUUAGAAAAAGGAGAAUCUAUUCUUAAAAAUUUAGAUUUAUUUGAUUGGUACAAACCAACUGGAUACUUAAGAUACGGAAUGGAAUAUAUUCACAUGAAUUUUGAUAUGCCUUGGUGGGGUACAAUUGUUACAUCGACAAUAGUUUUGCGGUUACUUUUAGUAUAUGUUCCAAUUCUUUCACAAAGAUAUGCAGCAAGACGAUCACACUACCGCACAGAGCUGAAAGAAUUUGCUGACCAAAUGAAUGAAGCAAAAAUGGAAAAUGAUAAUAGAAAAAUGCAAAUCAUACUUUUAAAACAACAAAAAUUUUUUAAUGAAAAGAAUAUAAGUCCAUUAACCCAAUUAGGAAUAAGUUUUUCAAAUGGUGCUAUUUUCUUGUCCCAAUAUUUUGCUAUCAAGGAAUUUACAAAUGUUGAUUAUCCAGGUUUUGAUGUUGGUGGUACAUUAUGGUUUAACAAUCUAUCAUUACCUGAUCCUUACUAUAUUCUCCCACUGAUAACAAGUCUAACAAUACAUUAUACUAUGAAAAAGGGUACAGAAACUGGAACUGAUGUUGAUCAGCUUACUCCAUUUUUGUCAUUUGCAUUAUUGUAUGGCCUACCAUUUGGCGUAGGUAUUUGGAGUAUUACUUGCCCAUCUGCUAUUGUAUUAUACUGGGCCACAUCUAAUACUAUUACCCUAAUUUACUCAAUACUUUUUAGAAUUGAACCUAUCAGAAAAUUGCUUAAAAUUCCAAAAAUGAUACCCCCUGAAAGUAAGAAGACAAAUCCAAUUCAAAGUAUCUCGGAGUCAUAUAAAAACUUUAGAAAUCUAAAUUCUAAAGAACCAUCACUAAAAGAUAUAAGGGAAAAAGAUUUUUUGAUUUUUAAAAAAGCUGGAAAAUCUAUCAAUGGAAAAAAAUAA